CAGCCAGCCAGCCAGACUCUCUGUCAGAACGGGACCAUGCGGAGACUCGCUGCGCACCUGCAGAGUUCGGACCUCGUGGCGCGCUUCCAAAGAGCGUGUGGUCUGUACCCCGCCGCCGGUGCCGAGGAGAACUCCGUCCACAAUCAUCGUCAGGACGAUCACUCACGUCAGCACCGAGAUGCCGGUGUUGUUCACAGACACCGGAGUAAAGAAGGCACCGUGCAGCUGAGCGGGGGCACGAGAGAACAGGACAACAACUCAAACUACACGUGCUCUGUCAGUGGAAGCGCGGAAAACUAUGUGGUCAGGAACCGGUCUCUCUACUUCCUCUUCCUGGUGUCGGCGGCUCUGGGAAAUGAAGUCUUCUACAUCUCCUUCCUGCCCUGCCUCCACUGGAACCUGGACCCCUUCCUCUGCAGACGCCUCGUCAACAUGUGGGCAGUGGUGAUGUAUAUCGGCCAGGUGCUGAAGGAUGUGCUGAAGCUGCCCCGGCCUCUGGCGCCCCCUGUGGUGAAGCUGGAGACGCGCGUGGCAGCAGAGUAUGGCCUGCCCUCCACACACGCCAUGGCAGCUACCGCCAUCUCCUUCACACUGCUGCUGAGUGCCCCGGAGAGAGUACAGUUUCAGUGGGAGGUUGGUGUGUUCUUGGCGGUGCUGCUGUCAACCCUGGUGUGCUUGAGUCGCCUUUACACGGGUAUGCACUCAGCUCUGGACGUGAUCUGCGGCGUGCUGAUCGCGGCCGUCGUCAUGGCGACGUCCUACCCGCUGUGGGCGUGGUUCGACCGGGUCCAGCUGCACGGCCGGUGCUCCCCCGUGCUGGCGGUGGCGCUGCCCCUGCUCCUGUGCUACUGCUACCCCGGGCUGGACCACUACAGCACCACGCGGGGGGACACCACCAUGAUCCUGGGCGGCGCCUCGGGCUGCUGGCUCGGCUAUUGGCUGAACGAGCGUCUGGGGGUGACCUUCGAGCCGGCGGGGCCCCUCCUCCUCCUCCUCCCCGUGCCCCUCCCGUCCCUGACCUGCGUGACCUUUGCCCUGGGCGCGGCGCGGUUCGCGGUGGGGCUCCUGGUGCUCGUCGGCACCCGGCAGAGCGUGCGCUGGGCCAGCCUGGCGCUGGUGUGCCGUUGCUACGGCGAGUCGCCCGGCGACCGGGAGGCCAGGCGCAGGAAGGAGAUCGAGGUGCCGUAUAAGUUCAUGACGUACGGGGCCAUGGGGCUGGUCAACACUGUGCUGGUCAACAGACUCUUCCUCCUCUUAGGGCUACUGUGACUGUGUGUGUGUGUGUGUGUGUGUGUGUGUGUGUGUGUGUGUGUGUGUGUGUGUGUGUGUGCACCUUGAGCCUCAUCACCUUUGAGUGCAGUGACAGUAGGCCACUAGCCGACGCCAACUUACAGAUGGAGCAGCUG